AAAAAACUUUAACACAUAAUUAUUUGAGUGUUAAAUGCCAAAAUUAAAGUCGCACAUAUAUAUGUAUAGAAAGAUGAUCCACCAUUAACACAUCAGGAAGAAUAACGUGAAAAUAUGACUCUAAAAGUGUAUAUUAGACGAAACCCUUGAAGUAUUUGGAGCCAGUUACCAGAAGAGAGUUGUCUACGAUGACAACUUGAUUGACCGAGUCAACCAUUAUUAUACUGGUAUGAUGUUGUUUAUGUUUGUCGUUGUCAUAGGAACGCCAGAACUGGUAGGAACACCUAUAGAAUGUUGGUGUCCUACAGAAUUUAACAAAGAUUACGAGGAAAAUGCAAAUUUUAAUGAUGUCGAUGUAUGGGUAAAAUAUGUAAAUUAUAUUUGUUGGAUUUCUAAUACAUAUUACAUCCCUAUGAGCAAACCUAUCCCGAUGAGUUACGAGAUACGACAAGCCAACAAGAUAUAUUAUUAUCAAUGGACACCAUUAAUAUUUUUGGUCAUGGCAUUUUUAUUUAAAGUACCGAGGGCGAUUUGGAAAUAUUUGUCUCAAAAAUGUGGCGUUGGAAUCAAGAAAUUUCUGACGUCGGCAAAAGACACACAGACAGAAAUGUUUUUUGCUGCACGAAGAACGCAUCAAAUAAAUUUAGCAAAUGCAGGGCAGCCUCCAAUGGACCAGACUGAUUUUUUCCCUCCAGGAUAUGAUAUGGAAGUUGAACGCCAAAAAGUUUUACAAUCCCUGGGAAAAUAUAUCGAUAUUUGGUGUUCUGGUAGAAAUAAAGGUAAACAGCUUAGAGCAGGAAUACUGUCCGGAACUAGAACACGAAUAAACACACUUUUCGACUUCGGAGUUGGAAGACAUCAUGGGAAUUUCCUAAUAACGCUCUUGAUAUUUGUUCGAUUUUUGUACUUGGUUAACGUCGCGGGACAAUUAAUACUUCUGAAUGAAUUUUUAGCAGACGAUUUCUACAUUUAUGGAUAUGACGUUAUGGAAAAGUUUUUUGCGGGAAAGGAUUGGGCUUUAAAUCAUAAAAGAUUUCCAAGGGUGACGCUGUGCGAUUUUGAUUUGCGGCAGUUGACAAAUGUUCAGCGUUACACAUUACAAUGUGUUCUUCCUAUCAAUCUAUACAACGAAAAGGUCUUCAUCGCCCUCUGGUUUUGGUUGACAUUUAUUUUGGUUGUAACCUUUCUAAACUUCGCAUUCACAUUAAUCAUGGCUUUAACUUCGCGAUCAAGGGAAAAUUUUAUUAUCAAAUAUUUAUUGUUGAACGAUAUAGAUGUGCAUGAUGAGAAAACUGGUAACCUUGAUAAAAAGGUGAAGCUUUUUAUAUACGGCCAUUUAAAAUUCGAUGGAAUAUUUCUUUUGCAAAUGUUGUCCAAUAAUACCGGAAGCGCAAUCACGCAAGAUAUCGUUCGGUAUGUCUGGGAAGAGUUCAACAUCAACAUAAACGAACAGUAUCGAAUACAGAGAACCGGAAGUGACACAGGUUCAUAUCGAUCAUCGGCUGCGUCAUUACACAGUAUUGGAACCUCAAGAUCGUCUUCUGUAAACGGUUCGGGACUAACACAUAGAACCGGAAACAGAUAUCAAAUGAAUCUGCAAUCAAACACUUUAGCAGACUCUCAACAAAAUGGAACACAAAAACAUAAUAUCCGGGACUCAUUUGUAUCAGGCGGACGUAGUCAUGCGGAAGUGUCUACGGAAAAGAAAGCCACGAAGCCUAAUGAAACAUUUGUAUAAUUACAAUGGAUAAUCAUGAAACAUUUUCUAGCGUGAAUUAAAACAAUAAUUUAGAAUAAAGCGACAAAUAAGUUCGUAAAUAUCUCAUAAAGGAAAUACAUAUAGGAUAAAUUUACGUUCUAAACAAUGAAGAGAGUAUGACGGGGAGUAAUUUUGUCAACAGUUAUUCAAAAAUUUAAAAUCAAAUGAAACGGAAGCAUAUGGCGAAUUUUUAUUAAUUUGGAUCUGAUUGAUUGAUUGUCGUUUGCUUAACGUCCGAUGGCAAUUACUUCAUCCAUAUUAAGGAAGAGAACUUUAAGACAGAGAAGGAUACAAAAGAAAUCACAGCAGAUGAUAUUUUUCUACUUUCUUCGAAAAAAGUAAAAUCACAAAAAUACCAAACUCCGAGGAAAAUUCCAAACGAAAAGUCAAAUGGCAAAAUCAAAAGCUCAAACACAUCAAACGAAUGGAUAACAACUGUCAUAUUCCUGACUUGGUACAGUCAUUUUGGUGGAUUAAAUCAGGUUUUAUAACUAGCUAAACCUCUUACAAGUAUGACAGUCGCAUAAAAUUCCUUUAUAUUGACAACGAUGUGUGAACAAAAACAAACAGACAUAAAAGGUAAAAAUGUAAAAAUAUGGAUACAACAGUCAACAUUGUGUUAUAAUCCCAAUCACUAUAAAAACAAACAAAUAUGUAACAAAGAAACACAAAAAGGCAUAUAGACAAAGCACAUAAGCAAAAAUGAAAGACAAGAAUAAAAAAAUCACCAUAGUACAAUAACACAAUGACGAUUCUCAGAUUCGUAGAUUAAAGGUAAUGACGGAAUACAUGUAUAUAAGAUCCAUAUAACAUUCGAUAAUGGGUCUUGGUAGCAAUUUUUCAUUUUGAAUUCUUUUAGCUCAUUUUAAAAUAGCUAAUGAUAACGUUUACUUAAUAAGAUUUAGUUUCAAAUUGUGAAAGUGCAUGCACAAUUUGGGAUAUUUUCUGCAAAAGGGGUCAUAAGGUCAUAUGUUUAUAAAAUCAUUUAGGUGUCAACUACCAAAAACAAGUGUAAUCUGACAGUUCCUUCCUUUUUUUUUUGCAAACUGUUGUAAAAAUAAAUGCACUGAAAGAUGUAAAUUAAAACAAUGUGUUCUAUAAAGUAUAUUUUUGUUUCCUUCUGGAAAUACCGUCCUUAACAAAAGUCAGGUACCUUUACAUUAUGUUAAUCUACCUAAUUCGUGAACAUUUUCUAUAUGGUUUUAUUAAUAAAUUGGACCUGUGUUAA